AUGUAUUCCUACGGGAGUGGCAGAAAAUUUAUCCACGAGUUGCUGAUAGAUACCGGCUCUAUUUCCCUCCACUUGUGUCGCCAGUGUCAUUGCUCUAUCGCUGCCUGGCGUGUCAAGCGACAGGUAAAAAACCCAUGUAGUUGGUUUCGUGCGGAUCAGGCAGGCUUACGUCGGCGAAACCUCCUUGUUGACCAGUCGACGACUUGUCCGCUCGUCAGUGUCGCGCUCACCUGCACGCCCGACCCGACGUUCUUGCAGUUUCGUUUCUUCUGGCCGAGGAAAUGUGCCGGCAUCCGGCUUGAGGUCCAGUUCAUUGAACCAUCAUUAAAAACUAAGGGAAUGGUUGGACCACAGGAGCUGUGGAGAAAGAUCUAG